AUUGUUUCUCUUUGCUUUUUGUGACCGAGAACAUUAUGCUAAAGUCCCACGCAAUUGUGACCUGUUCAACUGCCGCAAGGCAUCGCUAACGCUCUCUGGCAGCAUCGCAUCUCCAGUUCCGUAACACCUCUGUCCAGUUAAAAUCAAUAUCGUCGCGUGUCUUUUCUUUACAUCAUUGGCCUCAACUACAGUGUAAAAAAUCGGUUUAACGUCUAUAACCAAACUGAUUUAUCAAAAGAAGAUAAAAACCAAAGGGAUAUGCCGAGAAGAAAGCCGGAAUUAUGAAGCUCUUUUGCCAUGUCUAAGGCAGCCGUGAGGAAGCUGCACUGGCGCUCCAAGGUCCAGGAGAGCUUCAUCCCCCUGGUUGGUUCCUCUGGGGAACUGGGGGUGGCCGUGGGCGGCGGAGCUGACUAUGGAGAGUUCCCAUUCGUCACCGCAGCCCCCGGGGGCGGGUUCACAGUGGGCGACAUCAUCCUAGAGAUUGGGGGUACCCCUGUGUUAGGGAUGACACUAGGAGAUGUCCGCGGGGUCCUUAACUCCUGCCUCCAUCCCAUCCGCAUCAAGACGGUCUCACCAGGCUCUGCCUUGUGUAAGGACCUCAGGCUGUAUCUGAGUAAGUGCUUCACUCCAGGCUCCAUGGACAGCCAGCUUCAGCAGGUCAUCCGGGAGAACCUCUACCUCCGAGCAGUGCCAUGCACGACCAGACUGCCCCAUGAUGGGGAGAUCUCAGGGGUGGACUACAACUUUGUCUCCAUAGAAGAGUUCUUCUCUUUGGAGGAGUCAGGAGCUCUUCUGGAGAGCGGCAAGUUCAAAGGGAACUACUACGGCACCCCCCGGCCAGUACACAUUGGUCCAGAGAGUCCUCCCAUCACCUACCAGGAACACCGCAACCUACUCCGGAACUUCCGAACACGCAGCAAGUCGCUUAGCAACCUGGAGAAAGCAGCCGAGGAGGGGGAGAACAGCGAGGAAGAUUCUGGCCUGUCAGGCAGGUUUACCAAAGACAGACUGUCCCGUGGAUUAGUGGGUAUCAGCAAUGCACAUCCCGUCUCCUUGUCCAGAGGGUCCAGUGGAGGGGAUGGCAGUGCCAUGGAGAACGGCCAUGGCAGCACCAGUGCCAGGGUGCGAGCAGUGAUGCCUAAAAACUGGGAGGUGGCCUACAGUGACUCAGGAGAGCCUUUCUACAUCGACCAUAACUCCAAGAUGACCAGCUGGCAGGAUCCUCGUGCACAGAGCAGCAGAGAGACAACGCUUGACAAAAAUACAUUACCAGGGUUCACAGAAGAGCCAGGGGAGCUGAGGGGUUACUCUAUCCACACACGCUUCUCUAAAGGUCCCAGGGGGUUUGGUUUCAACAUUGUGGGGGGCAGCAGAGCCAGGGAGUUCCUCCAGGUCUACAGUGUCACGCCAGGGGGACCUGGAGCGCUCAACACAGCAGAUAUCCUGGUUUACAUCAACGGCAUCUGUGUCCUGGGAACGUCCCACAAAGAAGUGGUAGAGAUGCUGAAGGCAGUUCCUGUGGGCCAUAGUGUGGACAUGGUCCUCCGGAGGGGAUACCCCAUGCUCUACAACCCCGACGGCUGCCCCAAGCAGCCCCAUCCUGGGUUCACCGACAUCUGUGACCCCUUCCUCGCACCCACCACCACCCAGCCCCAGCCCUUACACCAGCGACUCCCCCUCCUCCGCCCAUCCACAGCCCCAACCCAGACCCAGUAUCAUAAUCUAAACGGCGUCCUUUCUCACCACGAUGACGUGGGUUAUAUGGGUCCAGGAGUGAGGCCAGGACUUGAUGCCAAUGGGAAUGCCACCUCCACAGCGACCCGACCACCAUCCUCUUACAGACACUCCAGCGGUCAUCUUUCCCACUCCGCUGACCCACCAUCGUACAGACUGUCUAGUGGGCACCUUGCUCACUCCGCUGACCCACCCUCGUACAGACGAUCCAGUCGCUACCUAUCUGACUCCACCUCCCCUACACCACCCUCAUACAGACAAUCCAGUGGUAGCAUCACUCCCACCACCCCCCCGGUCCGCCCGCCCCGCUCCCUGAGGGGCCUUGCCCGCCUGCAGGCCUCUGACAACUGCCAGAGUGACAGCGAAGUGGUCUCAGCCAUCGGCUCACACAGGGCUUUCAUGAUCCGUAACCACAACAAUAACUCCCUCUCUACCCCCCCUCAGCCCCUGCGCUACAGAACCUCUAAGAGUGACCUGUCUGAGAGCGCCCUGUCCACCUCCUCCACCCUCCCUGUGUCCAGACUGCCCCUGCCCCAGUCAGAGACACCCCGUCUCUCAUCCUCCCCUGGCGGAGGGGCGUACUCCCGCCUCAUCAGGCCCCAGGCCUCCCUGCUGAGACCCCCUCCCACCCCUGACAGCCCCAACCUCAGCUUCAAUGGCUUCCAUGGCAAUACCAGCGGCAGCGGCAGCCCCAUAAGCAUCUCGUCUCCCGGGGUGAUGAGCCUGGUCAGUGGCCUUGGGGUGGGAGGUGGAGGGGAGCUGGUGCCAGUGGCCCUGGCUCAGUGUGAGGGUGGAGGGGGAAUGGGUUUCAGUGUGACGGCUGGGGGACAGGGGGGCAGGCUGGCCCUUGUCAAGAGGGUCUGGGACAGGAGGCAGUGCUCCUCCCUACAGCCAGGGGACGCCAUCAUGAAGAUCAACGGAGCAGACGUCCAGAGUCUCAGCUUUGCACAGGUACAACAGGUUCUCCAGGAACACACCAAACAAGGAGAAGUAGUCUUAUUGGUUCACAGAAGAGGUUCACACCGUUCUUCCAUCUCCCCCAACUCUAUGCAAAGAGUCCCCUCACCACUCCUCUGCCCCCAUCCUCCACCCGUGGCGUCAGACAACAAUCCUUCACCCCCUGCGGACGUCCUGAUCCUACCCCGUCCCUCCUCCACCCCUCCUCCCCCGACCAUGGUGCGCUCCUCUCUGGUCCAAAGCACCAGUUUCCUGGAGUCAGUCCCAGUCACCCUCACCAUGGAACCCAAAGACUGGCUGAACGAGGGCAUGGAGGAUGAGGGGGACAGGGAGGUGGGGAUCCCAGGACCAGGGCAGAAGGGAGGGGGACGGAACCGUGUGCCCCGGGGGUUUGAUGUGGAGCUGAGGAGGAAGCCAGGAGAGGGGUUCGGAUUUGUCAUCGCUUCAGAGGAUGUAGAGAACAGGAAAGCCGCCUCCCUCCUCCCUCACCGGUUCGUGACGGUGCGUCGGGGCAGUCCUUCGGCGAGGAGCGGUCAGAUCCGGCCCGGUGACCGGUUGGAGGCGGUCGAUGGGCGUUCUGUGGUGACCCUACCCCACCGGGAGCUCGCCCAUAUCCUGCGCCGAGCUGGAAACACCCUACGCCUCACCAUCAUCCCCCGUCCUAGCACCUACUCAUCCAGCCUAUCGGAGACCGCAGACUAUGACCCCAAUUACAGAAGCAGAAAAGGGCACAGGUCACGAACCAAGCAUGACUCUAGGUAUUACAGUGUGGAUCUGGACCGCGGCCCAACAGGUUUUGGGUUCAGUCUGCGGGGGGGAAAUGAGUACAACAUGAGUCUGUACGUACUGGGACUGAUGGAGGGAGGACCUGCCUCACGCAGCCACAAAAUACAGGUGAGUGACCAGUUGGUGGAGAUCAACGGGGACAGCACAGCAGGGAUGACCCACAGCUUGGCUGUAGAGCAGAUACGCAGGGGAGGACACCGCAUACACCUGGUGCUAAAGAAAGGCAACGGAUACGUACCAGAUUACGGCCGUGAGCGCAGAGUCCCCUCCCCCUUCCUCCCGCUGCAGCACCCCGAGGAGCAGAGUGUGGCUGCAGUAGACCUGGCCCGCCGGGCGAGCCGCAGCUACAGGUCCAAGGUGAAGAAGCGGGGGAGGUCUUCGAAAGGGAGAGAAAAGAAGAAGAAAGGAAGUAGGUCAGGGAGAGGCAGAAGCAGCAGCUCAGAGGGAGAGGAAGGAGCAGGGGAAGUUGGACACAGCCUUGAUUCAGACCCUGGUCCUGAGAGACAGGAGGAGGAGGACAGUGAGACAGGAGGCAGCGGCCUGAGAGAGAGGACUCAGGUGAGAGGGAGGGAUAGCAGGAGGAAGAACAGGAACAAGGGAGGCUCUCACAGUUUACCCAGAGAUGCCCUGAGGAAACAUAACAACGAUAACAUACACAUAGAGGCAGAGAGGGGGAAUGAGAGAGGGAGGGAGAGAGAGAGGAGGAGAGAUAGAAAAAGGAAAAGCAAGAGUGAGGAGAGGGUCAGGAAGAGGGAGAACAACGGGAAAACAGAGGAAGAGGAGGAGGUGAAGGAAAGAGAGGAGAAGAAGGAUGUGGAGGAAGAAGAGGUUGAAGAGGAGGAGGAAGAUGAAGAGGAGGAAGAAGCUUAUCUCCCCAUUACUAACAAAAGGCUGCCCAGGCCAAAGCAAGACUGGGAGGAAGAGGAUGUGGAAGAGAGGGAGAGGAAAAGGAGAGAAUGGGACAUGGAAAGAGAAAGGGAGUUGGAGAGUGAGAGAUUGAGGGACAGAGAGUGGGAGAGGGAGGAUGGGAGGUUGAGGGAGAUACAGUGGGAGAUGAAGAGGAUACAUGAUGAGGAGAGAGAAAGGUCUCAAUCCCUAAACAACCUGCUCUCCUUGGAGUCUCGCGUGGCCUCUCCACUACAGAGAGAUCCCUUCUCCUUCCUAACUCCCUCCUCUGAGCUGGAGUAUGCAGAGUCAGUAACCAGCCACUCAGAUGGCAGUGUGUAUGCUGCCAGUGUCUCUGGCCUCUCGCUGGCCCUCACAGAGGGGUCUGUUCUGGGGACCCCGGCCCUGCUGCUCCCAGGCCCCUGGCUCAAACCCAGCCAACAGAGGAUCACUGAGGUCAUACAGGAGAACAGGCUUGCAGGAGAACAGAGAAAAAGAGGGAGAGGAAGGGGAAGAGGAGUCAUGGAAGAAUCGGGAAUAUAGAUAGCAAAGCAAAAGUAUACAUGCUGUUUGAGGAAACUGUUAUUAUAUCAAGAGUUCAUGAUCAAGAAGAGUACCAAACUGUAUCCCCUCUCACAUACCGGUAUAUGCUUGCUUUUUAAAACUAUACUCAACACAGUUUGUUUUAUUGGGAUGCUUUUGAUAUGUCAUAUUAUUUAGUAAUAUUCUUUGUGCCUUUUGACAGCUGGUUUCUGACUGAUGUUACUGUUGACAAUGUUCAUUUGUAAAUAUUUUAAGAUGUUCCAGUGGAACAAAAAUCAGUUUCUCUCUUCUCCUCUGUGGAAAUCCUUUCUGUACACAGCACCUUUCUCUGCUCUCCUUCAGGAGUUGCAAUACAAUUGUCCUCCUGCAGUUUUUAGGAACUGGCAUGGUCUUUCUCUCUGUAGUGAUACAUGCCACUGUACUUAAGUAUUGGAGUUUCAGUUCCCUUCCACUGUAGAUAGAGAGACAGCAUAAUACCUCAUGAUACUGAGCAAUAAUAUGCAACAAUCCCAGGCUCCACUUUGUCCAGGGAAUGUGAAGGGAAGGGGUGGUAUUGUAUAGUACCUGCAACUCCUACUGUCCAUCCAACUGUUCUGACAUAGAUGCUGUUGUGUGUGUUCAUUUGAUUGUGAUGACUUUCAGAGGACCGUGACUUUGACAGCCAGUUUGUGCUGUGUGUGCAAUCUAUAUACUGUCUAAAUAUUUGUAUUAAAUACAUAUCUAAAUGCUAUUGUAUAUACAAUAUUUAAUGGAGCCCUGAAUAGUAUUGUUGGUUCUGUGAAAUAUAAUAAUACAUAUAAAAGAUAAAGGCUACUGAAAACAUUUUAAUCAACAUUAUAGACUUGGGAUUUCAUGUUAUUGAAAUUAAUGUUGUGAUAUUGGUUAAGUAUCAGGGUAAACCCUUCUAUCAAACAAAUCUUACCAAAGUAAUACAGCAUGCAUAAAUAUUUAAAUUGUCAAAAUGUUAUUUCCUGGAAAUAAGAACAGAGCCACUAUUUAUUCUACAGUAGUGCUGUGCCCUCUUCAAUAGUGGUGGAGAGUUGACUCCAAAAGAGUUGAUUCCUUGACCACAGAGUCAGAGUCGACUCUUAAAAUCCCAGUAGGGUCAUACCUUAUCAUGCCACUGACGCUGUGAGACAUACGAGAUGAGACAGGAUGUAUGUUACCUCCACCAACAGUGUGUGUGGUGUCUCUCUUGUCGUGAUGGUGUGUUUUGUCCUACAUUUUAUUUUAUUUUGUAUUUUUAAUCCUAGCCCCCGUCCCCGCAGGAGGCCUUUUUCCUUUUAGUAGGCCGUCAUUGUAAAUAAGAAUUUGUUCUUAACUGACUUGCCUACUUAAAUAAAGGUUAAAAAACAAUAAAAAUACUAGCUAGCUGCACAAGCAACCGUGGUUAACACUACUCCCUGGACCAGAGCUAGUGUUCACAGACAACACGGCGUCAGCACACAUAAUCUGCAGCGAGAUGCUUCAAAAAAUCAUAGAGUCGUUCAAAGAAAUGUGCCGUGGGAACUAGGCUGAUGUUGGCUACUGGUUAAGCCUAGAAUAUUUUGGUUAUUAGUGUCAAAUGGCUCCAUAUGCAUUGCUAAUCAAUCACCCAGUUCAGCGCACACACUCUGACAUUGCAGCUGUAGCUAAUUUGAGCUAAUUUUGGAAUGUUUUGUCAAAUUGAAGUCGGAGUCGAGAAAGAGCCGACUCCAACCGCUCGGAUAGCAGGAGUCGGAGUCGGAUUCAACUCCCAAAAUCCCGGAGUCGUUCACCACUACUCUUAAGUGCCACUUGCAGUUGCCUUGGUAACCAAACCCAUACUGAACCAUUAAGCUGGCUCAUACUGUGUAUGUGGCAUUUGGAUAAUGAAUGAGUAGUGAGUGUGUCGUUAUAGUCCCCUGUCAUGACUAAAAUGAUCAAAUAUCUACGUAUUUUUCUUGUCUAUUGAUCUUCAGUAAAAACAGCCAACGGCUCCUGACAUUGAGUUAUCUGAAUAAAUAAAGGACAAUAUAUUAAAUCAAUCUGUCAUUGCUUUGCCAAACAAUUGGUAACUGGUAAGCCAGUUAUGGGAGUUAGGGCCCAAAUAGGAUAUUUUUGUACAGAUGUAUUUUUUAAAUCCCCAGGUAUUGAGAUAUAUAAUCGAUAAACCAAUAUAUAUAUUAAGUUAAAGGACUGAAAAUGAAAUACAGGAAGACACAUAUUGCUUUCAAUUGACAUUCUAUUCAAGACAUUUGGAGAUGGCGCUGUCUGCAUUGAAUUAUCUGACCCACCGAAACAGUGUUGUGAGGGAAGCAACUGAGUAUGUAUAAAUUAAGAUGUCUAAUUUUAGAUACAGUUUUUACAUUCUUUUUCUCAUGCCAAUGGAAAAAAAGCAGAGGUGUCACUUCACAACUGGCACAGCACAUCUCCAGUGUAAACCAGAACAUGAAUAAAUGAUUACACAUCAGCACAUGACUACCAAACCAGUCCAGUUAAGCUCCAUUUUUUAUUGAGACUGUUGUUGUUACUGUUGUAACUUAUGUUUUUGAAUGCUUCUUCUUUUCAUUUUCAUAAAGAAGAUAAUAGCCAAUAAAUUGUUAACAAACUUAAAAUAAACUGCUAAUAAAAUAUUUAUAUUACUUUA